UCCUUUCCUCAGGUUCACAGAAAUAUGCAGCAAGGAAACCAAACCACCAUCUCCGAGUUCAUCCUUCUGGGGCUUUCCAGCGAGAUGGAGAAGGAGAGCCUCCUCUUUGUGCUCUUCUUGGGCAUGCACCUGGUCACUGUGGCUGGGAAUGGGCUCAUCAUUCUGGCCAUUGCCCGAGACACGGGCCUGCACACCCCCAUGUAUCUCUUCCUUGCCAACUUGUCCUUUGCUGACAUCUCCUCCUCUUCUACCUCCAUCCCCAAGAUGCUGAUGAAUAUUCAGACCAAGAGUCAGUCCAUCUCCUAUAGCAGCUGCAUCACCCAGAUGUACUUUUCCAUCGUCUUCACUGUCAUCGACAAUUUCCUCUUGGGGGUCAUGGCCUACGACCGCUUUGUAGCCAUCUGCCACCCACUGAACUACACAACUAUUAUGCAUCCCAUGCUUUGCAUCCUCCUCACAGUCAUCCCUUGGGUCCUCAGUAACAUUGUUGCCCUGACACACACCCUUCUACUCAUCCAAUUGGUCUUCUGUGACAGCAACACCAUCCCACACUUCUUCUGUGACUUGGCCCCCCUACUCAAACUGUCCUGCUCUGAUGCAACGGUCAAUGAGCUUGUGCUCCUUGUCGUGGGCUUACUGGUCAUCAUCUUCCCCUUUGCUGUCAUCCUAUUCUCCUAUAUCUACAUCAUCAGGGCUGUGUUGAGACUCUUAUCCCUAGAAAGAAAGUGGAAAGCCUUCUCCACCUGCACCUCUCACCUGACUGUCCUGUUGCUCUUCUAUGGGACAAUCGUAGGAGUUUACUUUUUCCCCUUGUCCACUCACCCAGAGGACACAGAUAAAAUUGGUGCUGUGCUAUUCACUGUGGUGACACCCAUGGUGAACCCCUUUAUCUACAGUCUGAGGAACAAGGACAUGAACAGUGCUCUGAGGAAGCUCAUCAGUAAAAAAAGGGGUUCCUCCCUUUGA